AUGCUGCAGAAGGACCCUCAAAGGGGCAAAGCGUUUCAUGACUUGGUUCAGCAUCGCUUGCAGGGGGCUACGUCGGUCGAUCAGGUCAGUGACAUUCUGCUGGGAUCCUGGAGGAUCGUCUUCGGUCGGCCUGAGAUGGCGGCCACCGCGCACACAGUCUUUGCGCGAUGGAGGCAUGCGGUGAAGUACCGCGCCAUUCGUAAAACUCUUCAGAAGCAGGCGGUGGUGGCGAAACGAGAACGUCUUCAACAGCAGGUCCAGGCAGCACUGGUGGGGGAAUACUUUGCAGAGGUCUUUGCCGCGCAAGAGGCCUGUUCUGACUUUGUCAUCCGAGAAGAUUUUCACUUUACUUCGGAUGAGUUUGCUUCUUAUCUCCGUGAUCUUCCGGCGCAUAAGGCCGUACCUGCGCACUGCGCCCCGGCUCCGCUUUGGAAGUGGUGCGGGGAGGCCGUCAGCAAGUUUACUGUUUCCUGUCUAGGUGGCUGCCUCAGGGCGGGUUCCUUCAGUGCACAAUGGCCCCAAGACUGGAGUACUUCCUACAUGUGCCUUUUACCGAAGACGGCGCAACAAUUGGACUCGGUCAAAAAGAUGCGCCCAAUUUCGCUUCUCCAUCCUCUGGGGAAAACCUUUGCUGGGCUUUUGAUGGGUAGGGUCAGGGAGGACAUCACUCAGCGCAUGUUGCCGUACCCCCAGUUUGCCUACCUGAGAGGGCGUUCGGCAAUGGAUGCCAUCGACAGGGCGAUGUGGCAUGUCUGGAAAACGCAAGCUCGCACCGGUCGGCAGUAUACACAACAUCACCGGCGUGCUGGCAUCCCUCAGGAGGCUAUGCUUGGAAGCGUUACGCUCAGCAUCGACCUCAGCCGCGCGUUUGAUUCUAUCAGUCGCAGCCAUAUCAAGUCAUCUUUAGAGUGGGCGGGCAUCCCAGCCAAUGUAGCAGAUGUCAUUUUGGGGUUACAUCAUGCCAUGACCAUACAAUACUCCGCAGCCGGCUUCUGCUCUCGCACUGCGACAGGCAAAGGAGUGAGACAGGGGUACCGUGCACUCUUCAUUCGCCAAUUGCGUGCCAUCUGUGACAGUCCAGUUCAUCUCACGCGCGAGAGCACCGAAGCCCUACUGGUUCGGGUUGGGGUUGACUGCCCUGUGCAGGCCUUGGCCAAGGCCACUGAAGCUCGUCAUCGCAUGACUGCGCAGCAGGCGGUCUUUCGCAUUCAACCAGAUGACCUUGCUGACAUGUGGACGCAGGUACUGGCCACCAUCAAAGUGCCGGGUGAUCCCCUGCCCACACAGACCGCGGUGGUAACCGUGCCUGCGCCCGACCUCGCUGACAACUCAACUGAAGCCCCAGUCACUGAGCCUGCACUGGCUGAUCAGGACUGGGAUGUGGUACCUGCCAGCGCUGAUCGCUGCCGCUCGGCUUCAGGCCAGGAUGAGCUUACUGCAGACUCGAACGCGCCAUGCGCUACAUUGGGUAUUCAGGUACAGGGGACGUUGUGUGAUACUUCUGCCCUGCUUGUGGCAGAUCCGCCGGCUCCUGACAAUGCUGCUAACCGCGAUGACUCUGUCGUUGCCGGUGUUGCUGCUGCCCCUGCUGUCUUGUCUCCACCACAGGACCCUACCAGCCAGGCUCUGAACAGUGCUUCGGCCUCGUCCUCUGAUGUUGCUGACAGAGCUGUGAUUGCACAUCCCUCUGCUAUGGCUCAUGCUGAUUUCAG